UCCUUCCCGCUCUCAACAAAAAUGGCGACUUGUAAUGAUAAUCAUGAAAUAACGUAAAAUUACACGGUACUUUUGCCACAAAAAGAACAUAGAUAACCAGUAUUCAAGUCCCCAGCGUUAGAAAGACAAGUUGUUAUAAUGACAUCAAUAACAACUCUCCCAGCCAUCAAGGUUGGAGGCCAAGUAACACAGCAAGUAAUAAAGCAAGUACCAUCUCCGCCAUCCAAGGGAGGCUCUAUAGGAAGCCCAAGAACCAGGAGCAGGUCAUAUUUUUCUAGAGGUGGACAGAGCUCUGAUACUAAAGCUGGGAGUUAUGAGAAGAUUGAAACAGCCAGGUAUCGUAACACUUAUGAGCAUAACCUAUGUCUGGAUAUGUUAAAAGAUGGAUACCAUCAGUCAUUCUCUGAACUAUUCAACCUCAUGGAACAACAGAAGCAAGAAAGAGAGAAACUUGGCCCAGAUUCUGGACUUUCUGACCUUCCGCUAUUAGAAGAUGAACCUGAUAAGCUAGAUCAGCUAAAACUGCAUUUGACUACUGCCGAGGCUUCUAAGAGAAGAGGUAAAAUGGAUAUUGUGUACCACAGUCUCCUAUCUCUCGCAAAAUACUUUGAAGAAUCAGGUGACCUGUGGUUAUCAAAUCAUUUCUAUAAAAGCUGCCUGACCACAAGCUUGAAGAUACGAGGCGAUGGUAGAAAGAAAGAGUCUGAAGCUAACUGUAAUAUGGGUCUUGCCUUAGAAAAGAAUGGGGAUUUACUGAAGUCUGUUGAAUACUUUGAGGCAUUUUAUAACCUGACAAAAGGAAGGCUUUGGCAGAAUGAUGAUGGUGAAAAUUUACAUUCUUUAUCCUGUGAGAACCUAAAGAGAGUGCAUACAGCAAUUGCAGAUGGGUUAAAAGAAGAAGAUAUGAUGGCAUCAAUAAGCUAUUUGCUUAAAGCAUAUGAAAUGGCAAAAGAAAGUGGUAAUGCCCAACAAGAGGGUCUUGCUGGAUACAGACUUGGAAAAGCCUAUGAAGAAGUAGCAGAUCCUGAGACUGCAAUACUGUAUCACAAUGGAUACCUUGAAAAGUGUCAACAGUUGUCUGAUGGUGUUGGAAUGGGAAGAGCUUGUCAAGCCCUAGCAAGAGCAUAUGAAAUGCAAGGUGAUAUUGAGAGUGCAAUGAAGUACCUGGAAAUGUUUGUGGAACUGGCCGACAGAGCCCAGCAGCUUCCUGAACAACAGAGUGCAUGCUGUUCAUUAGGAGAAAUGUAUAAUUCCAUGGGCAAAUAUCUAGAAGGUGUCAGGAUGUUCAAGAGAGCUUAUGAGAUUGCUCAAGACCUUGGCAACCCAGUAGUAAUUGAAAAUGCCCGUAUACAACUAGGAAUUACAAAUGGCCAUCUAAUGCUAAGUGGUUUCUCAACCACUAUGAAUAAUGUGUGUAAGAGCAACAUUCAGAAGAUCCUAGACUUCAAGAGCUCAAGGUCAGACUCAUUCAGUGAUGGAGAGCAGCGUCAUGACAAUCAAUCAAGAGCUGAAGUUCAUAUUGACUCUGAAAGCCAGGAUAGUGCACAAGAGUCUGGUGUACAGGAGACAAAUGAAGCAGAAACAGAGGAAUCUACUCAAAAACAACUGAGUGAGGAAGAGAACAGUGGGAUAGAUGCAAAGGAAAAUGUGGGAAGUGAUUCUGGGAUUACAAGUGAGCAAGAAGGAGAGAAAACAGAAAGUUCGUAAUGUCCAUAAUUGACAAGUCUGUUUGGGUGCUAAACAAUCUCAUAUCAUAUCCCACGUGUUUGGAAUUUCUUAACAAUUUGUAUACCAUCCCGAGUUUGUUAUGAACAUUAUCUGGUCGUGUGUGGCAGAAAAAUGCACAGAAAAGUCUUCUUACUUUUAGAGAAAUACAUAAAUAUAUAUGUAAAUAGUGGAAAUGGUUUCAUUUUGGUGUAAAUUGUGCAGUGGUUGAUCUGAAAAAAUGUUAAUAAAGCAUUUUAAUUCCAACAUAAA